AUGAUUGUCGACUUAGUCUUCAUGGAAGAUACAAGAGCCUCACUUGUUGGUGUCGGGCUCUUUAUUCUUAUAACCUGGGCUCUGCGAUAUAUCUUGUCUCCGGGCUCCAAACUGCCGAUUAUCAACAAGCACGGGGUCUUCGGGUUCGGGCAUCUCUCCAAGAAGGGCUGGGUUUCUAGUGCCGCCGACUUGUUAAAAGAUGGGUUCGCCAAGUCUGCGAAAGGGUUCCGCCUCGUCACCGACAAUGGUUGCCAGAUUGUUCUGUCUCCGAAGUAUCUUGAGGAGAUCCGCCAACAUCCCGACCUGAGCCGCGAUAAAGCUUCUGCUAGGGAGCUCAUGUCGCAUCUUCCUGGGUUCGAGGUUUUUCGGGAAGGAUCCAAGGACGAACGCAUUCUCCACGACGCGGUGUUGACUAAAUUGACAAGAACGCUGGGUCGUGUCACUGAGCACCUCUCCCACGAAACAGCGCUGAGCUUCGAGACGCACUGGACGGAUGAACGUGAAUGGCAUGCGGUACCACUGCGAUCGAGCAUUACACAGAUCAUUGCUCAGACGUCUUCCCGUGUCUUCUUGGGGGAGAAGCUCUGCAGAGACCCCAAAUGGCUACACAUUACCAUAAACUAUGCAGUCCAUGUUAUUACGGCUACCGAGCAGCUCCGUCAAUGGCCCCAUAGCCUCCGGUAUAUCGUUCACUGGUUUCUUCCAACCUGCCGGCGGCUGCGUCAAGAUAUGCGAGAGGCUUUGGCCCUCAUUCUUCCUGUUUUGGAGGAGCGACAAAAAGAAAAGACGGCAGCCAGAGCAGCGGGCAAGACACCAGUUUCAUACAGCGAUGCCAUUGACUGGAUGGAAGAUACCGCGAAAGGCCGUGUUUAUAACCCAGCCAUCUCCCAACUCCUUCUGUCCAUGGCAGCCAUCCACACUUCGGCUGAUAUGCUGACGCAGGUCUUGUUCGACAUCGCUGAAAGGCCCGAUCUGGUGGCAGCAUUGCGCGCGGAGAUCAUGAAGGUUGUGAGCGACAAUGGUUGGAGUAAGAUCUCGCUGUACAAAUUGAUUUUGAUGGACAGCACCAUCAAGGAGAGUCAGAGACACAAGCCUAUUGCCAUUACACCCAUGCGUCGUCUGGCAACCAAAAAUAUCUCUCUAUCUGACGGAAUGUUUAUCCCAAAGAAUACGACCGUUCUGUUCCCUGCCGAUGCCAUGUGGGAUCCCGAUUAUUAUGAUAAUCCACAGGAAUUUGACCCCUACCGGUAUAUGCGCAUGCGCGAGUCCCCAGACCGGCAGACUCAAACAGCCGCCCAGCUCGUCUCGCCUUCACCAAACCACCUCGGCUGGGGCUUCGGAGAGCACGCCUGUCCAGGUCGGUUCUUUGCUGCUAAUGAGCUCAAGAUCGCGCUCUGUCAACUUCUGUUGAAGUAUGACUUCAAACUGGACCAAGAGCGCCUGCCAGAGGUCCGUUGUCAUGGAGCCUCUCGAACUGCUGAUCCGGUAGCUAAACUUGUGAUUCGGAGACGCGAGGACAAUGCCGCAGUGCAGGACCUUCCAUGUAUGGUAUGA